AUCUAUACCGGUAAAACCAUUCUAUAUUUUUCUAAAGCUUAUUCACGGUGUGAGGCAUGGCUGUCACAAACGCCGUUGACUUAUCAAAACUUUACACUCGAAAUUUUGAAUUGAACGAUGAAACUGAAUUGGUAUUCCACCAGUCGGAAAUCGGAGACGUUGGAUGUGUAGUUUGGGAUGCUGCGUUAGUUCUCUGUAAGUAUUUAGAAACUCGGGAUUUUGAUGAAGGCAACGCUUGGCAUGGGAAGACUGUGAUCGAUCUGGGCUCUGGGACAGGAGCUGUGGGUCUAGUGGCUGCUGCGCUUGGAGCCUUGACUGUGGUGACUGACCUACCGGAGUUUGUUCCCUUGAUGGAUCACAAUGUUAACUACAACAAAUCGGUCAUCGCUGCUGGCUCCUGUUCUGCUCAGCCACUUGUCUGGGGCGACUCAUCCCAAACUCAGAAUCUCAAAGAAAAGUUCUUCCCUCAAGGAUUGGACUUUGUGACCAUUGCUGACUGUGUGUACUAUGAGGAGUCAAUAACGAGCUUGGUGGAAACAAUUGUUGAACUGUGCUCCGACAAGACCACAGUGCUCUGCUGCUAUGAAGAGAGAGACAUUGGCAAUAAAUCUGAGAUGCAACGGAAAUUCUUUGAGAUGAUUGGUAAACGGUUCGAUGUGAGUGAAGUCCCUUUAGCUGCUCAGGACCCACACUUCCGCAGCCCUGACAUCCAUAUCAUGAAGUUCACACCGAAGCUGUGCGUGGUCAGAUGACUCUGGGGUUUCCUGAUUGUGUGGAGAGAGUAUGAAAGUAGAAUAUAUGCUCACUGGAUGGUAUAAGAGACACUGGGACUGCAAGUGCAAGUUUUCAGACUCAUUUUACAUUGCAUGUGUAUGAGUUUUUAGGAGAUGAGAUAAAAAGCCUGCAGUUUUCUCUGUUUGGUACUUUAUCAGAUGAUUGGAUAGACAAGUGCCUAAAAUAUAGUGCUUUAAAACUUUUAUGCAAGAAUAUUUGAGCAAAUGUGAGUGUGCUCAGCUCAGAGUGAAACGUUUUUUGCCUACUUUUCUCAAAA